AUGAGCAUCACUAGCUCCAAAUACAAGCGGACUCGCGCAGAAUGUGAGGCGAUCCUCACGGCGCCCGGGAUGCCUUGGGAGCUCGAGAGGGUGUUCCUCGACGGCCGUUAUCAGACGGUUUGGAAGAACACGCCGCCGUACUAUCGCGCUUGGGUCGAGCCACUGCUCAAGGCUGGUGGCGACCGUGCGUUCAUCUCCUCCCCUCUGCCUCCCCCCGCCGCUACGGAAGACCGCGAGACAGUGACAUUCGCGCAGAUGUACGAGCGCACCGUAACGAUGGCCGCGUGGAUGCGCGCCCAGGGCGUGCGGCAGGGGGACCGGGUCGCGAUCGCGGCCAACAACUGUGCAGAGUGGCUUGCUUGCAGCUUUGCGAUCCACUUCCUCGGCGGCGUCGCGGUAGCAGUUAACUCCCACAUGGUCAUCGACUCAAUGGUGUACUGUCUUGCACACGUCAAGCCGAAGCUCGUGAUUGUGGAGGAAAGUGUGGCGAAGGAUCUUGCGCCCAAGGUGGACAAGCUAAGGAGCAAGGGUGUCGGCAAGGUGUGGUGCUGGUCGUCACUGGACCACCACUCCGCCGAUGUGCGGAAGGCCAUUGCCGUGGCUAAGCCUAAUCCCUCCAAGGCGGAGAUUGAUGAGGUCGUUGCCGGUGUUGGCCUCGAGGGCAUUGGGCCUGACAGCCCAUGCACCAUCUACUUCACCUCGGGCACGACUGGGUACCCGAAGGCUGUGCUCAGCAACCAGCGGCAAAACCUACACAACGCACUCUCGGGGACGUUUACGCCGCUGCGCGCGGCGCUCCGCGUUGGCGCCGACAUCAAGGAGCUGCUGGCGCCCAAACCGAACGUGCCACAAACAAACAUUUUGCUGCCAGUCCCUCUCUUCCACUGCACCGGCGGCCAGUCGUGGGCUACACGUGCGCUGAGCGGUCAGGCGAUGCUCGUGUUCAUGCGACGCUGGAGCGUGAAGGACGCCAUCAGCCUCAUCAAAAGCCACAAGAUCAACGUCGUUGGCGGCGUGCCAUCCAUCGCAACGGCGCUGUACCAGUCGCCUGACUUGCCGAAGGAUCACGUGUUCGACACAGUGUCAUAUGGCGGCGCGCCGCCUCCCAACUCGCUCGCUGGCAAUCUCAAGAAGCGCUGGCCCAACCUCAUGCUCGUGCACGGGUACGGGAUGACGGAGACAAACGCUGUGCACACCGCAAUCGCAGGGGAGGACUACGUCGACCACCCCGACAGCGUUGGCUGGGUUGUCCCCGUGUGCGAGGUCAAGAUCGUGCACCCAGAGACGAAGAAAGAGCUGCCCACUGGCGAGGUCGGCCUCAUUUUCAUGCGUGGACAGAAUGUGAUGAGCUACUACGUCGAUGACCCCGAGGCCACCGCUAAGGCGCUCGACAAGGACGGGUGGCUCGACUCCGGCGACGUUGGUUGUCUCGACGAAGACGAGCUGCUCUAUAUCCGCGAUCGGAGCAAGGACCUCAUCAUCCGUGGCGGCGAGAACAUUGCCUCCCUCGAGGUGGAGAACGCGCUGUAUCUGGACCCGCGCAUCGCCGAGGCCGCCGCCGUCCCCGUGCCCUGUCCUCUGAUGGGUGAGCGCGUCGGAGCCAUGGUUAGCCUGGCGCCAGGUGCCACGGCCACGCCCGAAAGCAUCAUGGCUGAGGUCUUCCCGCGGUUGCGGCACGCUGCGCGACCCGUCAUCGUGCUCGUCCGUCCCGAGCCUCUGCCGCGCAAUGCGAACGGCAAGAUCAUCAAAACCGACGUCAAGAAAAUCGUAGGGGAGCAGUGGAAGGAGGAGCAGCCUCGCGCAAAGCUGUGA